AUGGCAUAUCAAACGCUUCUUCAAGAAUAUAUGCUCAUACCUCCUGUGACAAGAGUUUACACUACCGCCUGUGUUGUCACCACAUUAGCUGUCCAACUAGACCUAGUCUCACCUUUUCAAUUAUACUUUAAUCCGAAUCUAAUUCUUAUGAAAUAUCAGCUAUGGAGGUUGAUCACUACAUUCCUGUUCUUUGGAAACUUAGGAUUCAACUUUUUCUUCAAUAUGAUAUUCACAUACAGAUACUGUAGAAUGCUUGAAGAGGGCUCAUUUAGAGGAAGGACUGCAGAUUUUGUUGUUAUGUUCGUCUUUGGAGGUGUUCUGAUGAUUAUAUGUGCAUUCUUUGUUAAUUUAUUAUUUUUAGGUCAGGCAUUUACUAUAAUGAUUGUGUAUGUGUGGUCCCGGCGGAAUGUCUUUGUUAGAAUGAACUUCUUUGGCUUGAUGAAUUUCCAGGCACCUUACCUUCCCUGGGUGCUGCUAGGUUUCUCUGUUUUACUUGGGAAUGCAAUAUCUGUAGAUUUAGUGGGUAUGGCUAUUGGACAUAUUUAUUUCUUCAUGGAAGAUGUACUUCCUAGAGAAAGAGGAGGCCAGAAAAUCUUGAAGACUCCAAGAUUUUUAAGGAAACUAUUAGAUGGUCUGCCAGAUGAGCCGGAGUAUGUUCCAUUGCCAGAAUUAAAUAAUUUACGACCUGGAGGCUUUGAUUGGCAACGUCGCAAUGGUGAUGAUGAUGCUGCUAAUAGAUAA